CUUGGGCAGUAGAACUAGUGCACCUUUUUUAUUUUUUAGCCAGCCCUGCUGCCUCAGGAAAACGUAAUUAUUACAUUAGUUGUGCUUAAUUGAAUAUGUGAUUAACACCCGUUGAAGCAAACCACGUAACAUUCCAGGAUGGAACAGGAAAUUGAAAGAGAUGGUUUAUACUCUAACGACCGGUGUGCAGCUCACAGGAAAGAGUGUUCCAUGCGUGCGUUCAACUUACAACCCCGUCCACCCAGCAAAAGCCUUCUGCCUGGAACGGGGUGUUAGAUAAAAGCUGUGUGAUUGCCAUAGUUAAUCCGCACUGUUAAGAAGAUUAAUCCAUCGGCUGUGUCUAUUAAAACCUUUGUGGCUGGGAUUUCUUUCCUUCUUUAUUUGUGUGUGUUCCUAAUCAAACAGCCAACUGUUUUCACACGGACGCGUCAAGAAUGAAGACAAAUUUCAAAGAAAAAAAGGUAAAGCUGGAUGACAUCAUUUCCCCGAAGAGCCAACGAACUGAGAUGAUUAGCGUCCUAUAGAAAAGAAAUGAUGUGACGAGCUGCAAAAGGAUUGCGCAUCUUAUGGGACGGAUGACAUUUGAUGGCCCCCCCCUCUGCUGCAGUAGAUCGAACAUCAGUAGAUACAGACCAUGUAAGUAACUCAUAAUACGAAGGGAGAAUAAAAAGAGGGACUGUAUUAGUGCAUGGAACAUGUUGGAAAUUGGAUCCGACCAUCGAGUUAUUUGUUCAACGCCAAAAGAAAGAAGACACACAUAAGAGAACAUCUCCCCUACGUUUGGCUAUUUCGCUAUGGGAUUUUCUAUACGUGUAAGACCAGAUAUAUAGUGAACAAUCACGCAGUGUGUUCCAGCCAUAUCACUGCGCGCGAGUUAGUCUACUGCGGAGGGGUGGAAGAAAAAAAGAAGAGAGGGUGCAAAAGGAGGCGGAGCUGGCCUGUAUAGCUUUUUGGCCGGCAAAGCUACUUACACAUUUGAGCUGCGUAGAAUGGAACUAUACAGUCCCUGGAACGCAGGGUAUAUAGAGAAAAGAGCACAGGCAAAAGGCUCUCCAACCAAUGGCAGAGUCAGCUGCUCUCUCUCUCUCUAAGCAAAUCGUUGUUCCAUCAAUCUUUCUUUCUCUAUUUGAUAUAGUUUUUUUAUUUUUGAUUGAGCCCCAGUUCUCUUUCGGAUGAGGCUGUGCAGCAGGCGACUCUGUGCCCUUUUGUUGUGCAGAGCAACAAGUCGGUUACAAAGCCGGCUCCAAUGACACGCUGGCGAGAAGGGCGUUUAUAUAGCACAUCAACUGAUGUGUUAUGUUCUUUUCUUUCUUUUUUUUUUUUUAGAAUCAUGCAAAUAUCUUGUUGAAUAAAAAGCACAGCACAAAUGGCAAACAAAACUGGCCAUGUUGUACGGUGAUAAAUGAUGAUGGCUAUAACCUUCGGAGCUUCAUGCACAGAUUGAUAAUUAGCUGGCGUUGUUUAUCAACGAUCCGCUGAGAGAUCAUCAGAAGAAUGUGAUUGAAGAGAAGCUAUCUAUACGUCAACAGAUUAACGAAGUAGUGACCUUAUACAUUUUAAAAAAACAAAUGGGAAACGAAACGAAAUGGAUUGUUUUUAUUGUGGAUUAUUUGACUCGAUCAAGGGAAGGCGGGCCCAAGUCGUUGCAGUUCCUGGAAGGAGGUGACUUGAUUUUUUUGCAAGGGGGAGCUGAUGGAGCUCUUUCUUUUCAAAUUCGCGAACUGCAAAGAGCAGAAAUUCUUUUUGUUCUGUUCCAUGCAGCCAAACAAAACCGGAGCCUAUGGAUGGUUCAAAAAGUAAAAAAAAAAUAAAAUAAAAUUAAGUCGGAUGACUUGCUGGAUGGACUGCGGAGCCAAGGGAUUUGUCCUCUGAUUUGUCCUCCUGUUCGAAAGAGGAUGGGAGAGAGGGCGGGCAAAGAGUAAGGCCUUACGGCCAAAGGAAGAAGCCCUAUGGCUUGACUGGGCGGAUCAAAGGUCACCCCCCAGCCCAACUCCGCCACCCUUGGUAACCCCCCCUACAAUUCCUACUGUACUACACCCAUCCCCGUUGAUUUUGUCUCCCUUUCCUACCCCCACCCUACUCUUGGCUGACUUGACGGCCGACGUCAAAAGGCCCAAAUCUCGGUGAACUUUUCAACAGUUGCCAGCCAUCUGCUCAGCGAGUCAGGUCUAGUGUGCCCUUCUCCUUUCAGUCCGACCAUUGCGACUCGAUCCGGACUCGAAGUAGAACCGGCCGAUCCGUGUCGCUUGCCAACCGUUGCGGAUUUUCUCCUUUGCAUUUUGUUUCAUUAUUCGCUUUUCGUUUGUUUGCCUUGCGUCCUUUUUUUCCACCUCGUGAAGUUCUGCAUCAAUGAAGUCGUCACCAGUCGACAUGGAUCUCCGUCUCAGCCAGAAGAGCAGCUCCAAUUCCACGCCAUCCAGUCGAAUCUUGUACGACAUUCCGUGUCGAGUGUGUCAGGAUCAUUCCUCUGGCAAACACUACGGCAUCUUCGCAUGUGACGGAUGCGCUGGAUUCUUCAAGCGUUCCAUUCGCCGGAAUCGCCAGUACGUUUGCAAGGCCAAAAGUGAAGGUGCCUGUUUGGUGGACAAGACUCACCGCAAUCAAUGCCGUGCCUGCCGUCUGCGCAAAUGCGUCGAAGUUGGAAUGAACAAAGAUGCUGUUCAACACGAACGCGGGCCGAGAAAUUCGACGUUGCGUCGUCAAAUGUCGAUGUUCUAUUCGAUGAAGGGAUCGACUUCUUCAUCGCCGGAAAAUGGCGGAUCGGCCGACGCUGACAGUCCGCCGCCAUCGACCGGACGUGCCAGUCCGUUGAUGCCGUCGGGUAUGACGACACCUCCGUCUUCCACGGCCAUUCCCAUGUUCCGUCCGCAGCAGAUGGGCGCUUUCUCUCCGCCGGCCACAUCGACGCCGACCAGCAACACGGUGCUGAGCGUUUCGUCAUCGCCUCCGUCCAGUUUGCUCAACUGCCCAACGGCCGAUCAUCAUCUUUCGCAACACUUGACCCUGGCCGAACGCAUGUCCAUGUCCCUGCUGUCUCACCACGCAGCGCGGCCCAUGAACCUCUUGUGCGCUCCUCAACCCAAGUAUCCCCAUGAAAUGUUCAACGCCCUUCCAGCGGCCGCGGCCGCCAUGAUGCCGUGGAGUUUCAGUCCUGAAACGAUCUGCGAAUCGGCCGCUCGUCUUUUGUUUAUGAACGUGCGAUGGGCCAAGAGCGUUCCAGCAUUCACCACGUUGCCUUCUCGUGACCAGAUCAUCCUGUUGGAGGAGAGCUGGCGCGAGCUGUUCGUCCUCGGAGCAGCUCAAUUCACGCUGCCCAUCGAAGCUGGCACUUUGAUGACAGCUCUAGGCCUAAGCAGCUCGCAUUUUGCAAUGGCUGGCAUGCCUUGCCCGCCCACAAUGCCAGCAGUCAGCACCGAACGUCAGUUAGGCCUACUCAGCGAAAUCAAAGCGUUCCAGGAAACGGUGGCCAAAUUCAAACAGAUGAACGUCGAUGCCACUGAAUACGCUUGUCUCCGAGCUGUCAUUCUUUUUAAAACCUCUGCUGGAUUACGAGAUAUCCCGUCUGCCAUCAAUUUGCAAGAUCAAGCGCAACUGACGCUCAGCCGCUACGUGUCAACUGCCUACCCCAAUCAACCGUUGCGUUUCGGUCGCUUGUUGUUGCUGUUACCUGCUCUGCGAACUAUCGCACCGUCGACGAUCGAAGAAUUGUUUUUCCGCAAGACAAUCGGAAACAUCCCCAUCGAGCGCAUCAUUAGCGACAUGUACAAAUCUGGUGACUUGUAAACGAAAUUAUUAUUAUUAUCAUUUUUGUUUUUGGGUUUUUUUUUCAUUUGAUUUUUUUUUGGAAGCGAAGGGAAUGAAAUCAUCGAAUUACUGCCUUGUUGUACAAAAAAAUUGUACAGUAUAACGUUCGAUAUUAACGCUAAGAAAUCAUACCGUGUAAUCUUUGAAAACGAUAGCGUCCAGCAUUUUUCUCUCACUUGUGUGUCCCUCGAUUGUUUCUUAUUUUUAAAGACUCUCAAUACAAGUUAUUCAAUUAAAAA